AUGUUUGAAUAGAUCAACAUUCUCAAUAAAUCCUUACGUUCAGAGGUAGAUGAGAAUGGAAAAUUAGAGAUAUUGAGGAAGGAUGAAGCCCUUGUAGAUAAACAUCUUAAUCCUUAUCUCUAAAAAGAAUCUGAAUUUAAUUAACUAAUAGAAAAAACAAAUCAACUGAUUAAUCUCUAUAACUUAGAAGCACAAAAACUUUUCAAAUAAAUUUGUGAUAAUGAAUAGAAAAUUUAAACAAAUUAAAAAACUUCUGAAAAGUCAGGCAUUUUCAUUUAUGAUUAGGCUAAAGAAUAUAAAGGAUUGUUGCAAUUGUUAUAAUAAAAAUAGGAACAAAGAUAAUAAUUAUAAAAUUUAAAGCUUAGUCUAUAAAAGUAAUUAAAAUGA